AUGGAGGGCAAGAGACUUCAUUGGAAAGCCGGCGUUGCAGCACCGAGACGAGUAAGCCGUGGGUUUGCUCAGACGGGAAAAUCCGCGAGUUCAGAGAGCCCCGGAACGUCAGUCUCGCUUUCACCAACAGCAGAAACUAGCAACAACAAAAAUACGAAGUCGUCGUCUUGGGGGUCCUCAAUCUCGACCAUAACAGAGGAACUCCCCAGCGCAGACGUGCCAGAAGCCAUGACCAGAGUGCCGUCUGCAUCAAGUGCUUCCAGGAUUCCGUAUUGCUCUACUCCUGGCGGGUCUUCGCUGUCUUCGUCAAGUAAGAGAGAAAACAGCACAGUGGAAGGCACCAGAUCGUGGAACACCUUGCCGCGGGCCGGCGAAACAUUGCAUCUUCGAAAACAUUCCAUGAACGUGGCGAUCCAUACCGUCAACGGCACUCCGAAGCAAAUUGUGUACGAUCCACGCUACAAUCCACUGUGUCCAAAACUUGGGAUUUUUUACAUGUUCAACGCACAAUCGCCGCCCUUGGAUGCCUACACGCACGCCAAAUUGAGACUAGAGUCUUUUGUCAAGUUUUUGGAAACUUAUCAUGGCUCCCGGAAAUAUGCAGCUGCUUGUCUACCCUUCAACGUGACAAUUGCACACAACAGCUCUUCGAGCGGAUACCCGUCUUAUACUUCAGGCGUGAGCUAUAAUGAGAUCGGGGAGGUACUUCAGCUUUGGUACUUGCAAGCUUUGAAAUUCUUGCUGGAUAAAAAUUCAUUCCUGUUUUCCAGCGAGAUAGUCGAGUAUCUGGUUAAUUCGAAUCCCGGGAAAAAUGUCUCCAUCAAAAACGAUUUCAAAGAUAAAAACCAGCCUGUUGGUGCUUUCAAAGAAACUGUCUCCAGGGCCGACAUUUUACUUAUACGAUGCUCGCUAGAAGAAGAGUUUGGGUGGCAGUUAGCCUUGGAUGAGCCCAACUGGAAUGUGGUGGAUCUGUUUGUGGAUUUCGCGCGUCUCCGCAAGCCUUCUUUUGCAACUGGACAAGAAAAAAACUCGGAUGACGACAAUAAUGGAAAUGCCAUGAAUUCAUCCCACAUUUUUUCGAGCUCUUCGGAAAGUUCGUUUUCUAGUGCUACUAGCAACCUUUCUACCGCCAGUUCCUCUAACAACGAAAACGACAAGGAAGCGGGUGAAGAUGGCAUCAGCUCCACUGUUUCUGGCGUGAAUGCCCUGUCUGAAUCUACACAAGAAACCGACAAUGGCGCUGUCAGAGUGCUAGAUUGCGUUGGCCGUGACCUGGAGCUACUUUACAGGACUAAGAGAACUUCGCAAGAGUUUGAAGAAGCUAGCCGCAGAUCAAGCGUUUCGGGCUCUCCCAGCCAAGAAAGCGUGCCAGAACAACAACCUUCUGCCAACAAGAGUAAAUCUGAUCAACCUGGGCUAAUAGCAAAAGGUUCAUCUGCACUUGGGCUCUCCAAUUUUUUCAGGAGAAAGAACUCCCAUGCUGCAACGGAAAAGAGUGAAUCGCCAGGCUCCACACGGCAAUCUUCACCAGGUGAACCUACUAAAAUUAAUCUCAACAUUCAAAAUCAGUGCUUGGAAGACUACUAUUCAUCAACUUUAGCCAAUUAUAGACGAAUUGUGCCCCCAUCCCAAAGUCUAUUCACGCGUGCUGAUCUUCCAAAGGAGUACGCUAACCGCAAAAAGAGUGGGAAGUCGAGAUCAUACCAAGAGGAUUUUUUGCGUGUUCGGCUUCCGCUUGAGGAUAAUUCGUUUCCUGUUGUCAUAUGUCCUGACAUAUGGUUCACAGUGGAAUUGAAGAGAUGGAAAGGGUUUUUGAGUGAGAUUUUCCGGUGCAUCAAACCUGGUGGAUACUUGGAGACUUCCACCUGUAAUUUUUCUUCAGUCAACGACUUCAGUGAUGCUGGGAAUUCGUCCCCGCAGUUUUCAACCAGUGCAGAAAUGAGAAAGCUCAAAGAUGUGAUUUUGAUGGGAGCCGCCCGAGCUGGUAUUCAGGUAUAUCCCAUGAGACACCUUGUACAGGUGCUCAAAAAAGUUGGUUUUGUUAAUAUCAAGCACUCAGUAGUUAGUCUCAAAAUAGGCGAUCUCACUUCUAAUAUGGGGAUGCUAUUUGAGUUUCUGGCAAUACGCCAAUUCGACUUCCAGCUUCGAACGAAUUUUCUCACGACAAGCACAACGCCGGAAGGAACUGACCCCGCGUCGUUGCCAUUACGUUUUGUCCAGGAACAUAUGGGCAAAGUAGAUGAAAGUGCUGGAGUUUUACGUUUUGUACUGAUAACUGCCCAAAAGCCAGGUGGUACAAAUAACGCUUAA